AUGUACAAUAAAGCUAUUGAGGAUCAACAACAACAACAGCAACAUCGAUUACAUCAACAACAACAACAAAUUCCAAAAGAAGAUGAGCUUCAAUACACUUUAACAAGUUUAGAAGCAACAUCAAUUUCAAAUGCAAUAACUUCAACAAUAGAAUCAUCAUCAUCAUCAUCAUCAUCAACAACAACAUCAUCAUCAUUCUUUACAAAUAGCUACAGUGUCAUCAGUAAUGGUAUCAAUAGCAAAUUAAAUUCAGUUGUCUCAGUUUCAAUUGUUGCAACUUCAAUUUACAAUUUGCCAUCGGAGAUUCUUAUAACAGGUGAAAAUGUUAACUUUAAAUGGGUGAUGAAAGAGAAAAAGAGUGCAAGGGACAAUUGGAGAAAUGGAAAAUAUGAAGUCACCACACUCGUUGGACAUUCCGAACCGAUUUCAUCUAUUUUGUUUAACGGAGAAUCAAUUAUUAGUUCAUCUUAUGAUAAAUCUUUAAGAGUUUGGGACUAUUCAAGCGCAGAAUGUAAAUUAGUUAUUCCAACCAACGACGUAGAAUGUAUGCAACUCGAUCAUACCAACAAGCAAGUAAUAACAGGUACAAAAAAUGGUCAUAUCAAUCUGUGGGAUAUCACCGAUGGAACUCAAAAGUUUAGUGAAAAAGGUCAUCUCUAUUUCAUCAGUUCAUUGAAAGGCAACUACAAUAGUACUCUAUUUUGCAGUGGUGCAAAAGAUAAAACUAUAAAGUUGUGGGAUGUUUUACAAAAUAAAAUGGUAUCAUCAAUAGGGUUUCCUAAAUCAGCACUUUUAAAUAUAGAGUGGUGUGAAGAUCAAAAGAAUCAUAUUGUGGUUUCCGGUGGUAAUAUUCUCAGUUUAAUUGAUGUUGAAACCGGUCAAACUGUACGCAAUUUUCAAGGUCACACAAAUGAUAUUCAUUGUUUCUCUGUUGUUGAUGGAUUGAUAGCAAGCUCUGGAAUUGAUGAAACUAUUAAAGUUUGGGAUAAAAGAGAUGUUGUAGGUACGAAAUCAAUCAAAGUCGAUGCAACCGUUUAUUGUUUAAAGUUUCAACCUUCACAUAAUAUUAUUAUAACAGGUUCUAAUGAUCAUACUGUUUCAAGCUAUCGAUUGGAUUCAGGUAGAUUAGAAUAUCAUUUUAUCGGACAUCAAAAUCCUAUUUCUGUGUUGCAUCUUGAUAAAGAGAGGAUUGUCAGUGGGUCACUCGAUAAGAAUCUCUAUGUUUGGAAUUGUAACACAGAUAUCAGUGGCGGUCCCAUGAAGAUGGGUAAAUAUCACAAACUCGAUGCACAUCAGGGUAUGAUAAGAUGCGCUUAUUUCGAUGACACCAAGAUUAUAUCGGGUUCCUACGACAAAACCAUAAGAGUUUGGGAUUUCUCUGGUGCAAAAAACAAUACUAAAAAAACUUGUAAUCUAAUUAGUCUUUCAACAACAAGAGAAAUUUCUUAA